AUGUCGGCGGCCGGCGAGCGGCUCGUGGUGGUCGACUUCACCGCGUCCUGGUGCGGGCCUUGCCGGCGGAUCGCGCCCGUCUUCGCGAGCUUGGCGCAGGAGAUGCCGGAGGUGGAUUUCGUGAAGGUCGACGUGGACGAGGCCCAGGACGUGGCGCAGAUGUGCGGCGUCCGCGCCAUGCCCACUUUCCAGUUUUACCGGCGCGGCUCCAAGCUCGGCGAGGUGUCCGGGGCCAACGAGGCGGCGCUCCGGGCGGCGAUUGCGCAGCACAGGGCGUAG